AUGGUUAAAACGGACCAAGCUUCGCCACAGCGUGGACGCACACCACUUCACACAAAGGCAGGACAAAAGGUUGAAGAAAUAUACGCAACCAUCGACCUCAAAACUGCCGACAAAGUAACACUUGCUGCUGUGUUAGCUGAUGCUCUAAUGGUUGAAGCAGCUCCAUCGAAGAAAUCUUUCAAAAAGAGGCUUGGAGGUUCUCUUGGGCGCGCCAAAGGCAUAUCCAUGCGCUCAGUCGCUGGUCUCUAUGGCUCAAUGAAGAGCCUGAUGGAUCGAGAGGUUGAGACAACUCCCGAUUUGACAUUGCAGAUCACAGUCGCGGAACCACAAGAGGACUCUUUCGUGCUCAGCAUUCUCAGAGACAGUGCGCACGAAUUUUUCCAGUACCUGCUGGCGUUCGAUGUCGCAUAG